CAUGGUCCCCGAGCCGGGCCCUGCCAACAACAGCACCCCGACCUGGGGGUCGGGGCCGCCGGCGGCCCCGGGGGGCAGCGGCUGGGUGGCGGCCGCGCUGUGCGUGGUCAUCGCGCUGACCGCGGCGGCCAACCUGCUGCUCAUCGCGCUCAUCUGCACGCAGCCCGCGCUGCGCCACACGUCCAACUUCUUCCUGGUGUCGCUCUUCACGUCCGACCUGAUGGUGGGGCUGGUGGUGAUGCCGCCCGCCAUGCUGAACGCGCUGUACGGGCGCUGGGUGCUGGCGCGCGGCCUCUGCCGGCUCUGGGCCGCCUUCGACGUGAUGUGCUGCAGCGCCUCCAUCCUCAACCUGUGCCUCAUCAGCCUGGACCGCUACCUGCUCAUCCUCUCCCCGCUGCGCUACAAGCUGCGCAUGACGCCCGCGCGCGCCCUGGCCCUCAUCCUGGCCGCCUGGAGCCUCGCCGCGCUCGCCUCCUUCCUGCCCCUGCUGCUGGGCUGGCACGAGCUGGGCCGUCCGCGCCCGCCCACCCCGGGCCAGUGCCGCCUGCUGGCCAGCCUGCCCUUCGUCCUCGUGGCUUCAGGCCUUACCUUCUUCCUGCCCUCGGGUGCCAUCUGCUUCACCUACUGCAGGAUCCUGCUGGCCGCCCGCAAGCAGGCCGUGCAGGUGGCCUCGCUCACCACCAGCAUGGCUGGCCCGGCCUCCGAGACGCUGCAGGUCCCCAGAACGCCACACCCUGGGGUGGAAUCAGCCGACAGCAAGCGCCUAGCCACCAGGCACAGCAGGAAGGCCUUGAAAGCCAGCCUGACCCUGGGCAUCCUGCUCAGCAUGUUCUUUGUGACUUGGCUGCCCUUCUUUCUGGCCAACAUUGCUCAGGCUGUGUGUGACUGCAUCUCCCCAGGCCUCUUCGACGUCCUCACUUGGCUGGGGUACUGUAACAGCACCAUGAACCCCAUCAUCUACCCGCUCUUCAUGCGGGACUUCAAGCGGGCCCUGGGCCGGUUCCUGCCAUGCCCGCACUGUCCCCAGGAGCUCCGUGCGAGCCCUGCCUCCCCUUCCAUGCGGACAUCUCACAGCGGUGCCCGGCCAGGCCUCAGCCUGCAGCAGGUGAUGCCGCUACCCCUGCCUCCAGACUCCAACUCCGACCCAGACUCCGGUGGCUCCUCAGGCCUGCAGCUCACAGCCCAGCUGCUGCUGCCUGGGGAGGCCACCCAGGACCCCCCGCCACCUACCAGGGCUGCUGCGGUGGUCAACUUCUUUGAUCUUGAUCCAGUGGAGCCUGAGCUGCGGCUGCGUCCUCUGGGCACUCCCACCAACUGAACA